AUGGCCGUCCCUGGAUACAGGCUGGGAGUUGACGUAGGAGGGACCUUUACCGAUGUCUGUGUAAUUACCCCCAGCGGAGAGGCCGUUCGCACAAAGAUACCCACGGACACCCAGGACCAGUCCAUUGGAGUGCAAAAAGGUGUGCAGCAAGCCCGUAAGAUCCUGAAAGAAAAGUACAACUGGCAAGGUAAAUUCCAAUACAUACACCAUGGCACCACAACUGCCACCAAUGCUGUCCUUGAAGCCAAGGGCGCCAAAUGCGGCCUUAUCGUUACAAAGGGCCACAAGGACAUCUUGGCUGUCAGACGGAGCCAUAUUCCAGGUGGACUCGGAGCUUGGAUGAACUACGAGCAACCUGAGCCUCUUGUACCUCUAGAACGGACCAUCGAAGUCAAAGAGCGCAUCAAAAUUGAUGGCAGUGUCUACUGCGAAUUGGAUGAACAGCGCUUUCGGCAUGACUUGCAGGACCUCAAGCAACAAGAGCCCGAAGCGAUUGCCGUGUCCUUGCUGAAUUCAUUUACCAACAACGCCCAUGAAGAGCGCAUCAAGGCUGUAUUGCAUGAAGAAUUUGGGCCACACGUUGAGAUUGUCACAUCAGCGGACGUCUUGCCAGAGAUUCAAGAAUACGAGCGCACGGCCACAACAGCUACAAAUGCAAUGGUCAAACCGGUAGUCAAGAAAUACAUGCAGAACCUCCAGAACAAGCUUGCCAAAGAUACCGAUGUAAUUCGGAUCCUGAAGUCUGAUGGAGAUUUGACUUCAGUCCAGCUCGCAGGCGAGACACCUGUGCGCAUUCUCAUGAGUGGCCCAGCUGGUGGUGUCAAGGCUGUCUCGCAUUUGGUUGCCAAAAACACACCCUACAAGAAUCUCAUAACGUUUGAUAUGGGCGGCACGAGCACUGACUGCGCUUUGCUCAAAGGUAGUGAGGCCAUCAUCCGACAAGAAACCCAAAUUGGUCAUCUGUCAGUGCGCGCGCCAUCAGUCGAUGUAAAUACAGUGGGGGCUGGCGGAGGCUCUAUUGCGGUAUACAAUGACUUCACCAAGAGUCUGCGUGUAGGACCAGAGUCCAGUGGCGCCACACCAGGUCCGGCAGCUUACGGCAAAGGUGGUGUACAAGCGACCGUUACGGAUGCGAACCUGACAUUAGGAAGACUACCGUCAAAGCUGCUGGGUGGCACUUUCGAACUUGAUGUCGUAGCAUCCAAUAAGGCAGUUGAGUCGCUCGCCAAACAAAUGGGCAUUGAUACGACGUCGGCAGCCGAAGGGAUCAUCGAUUUGGUAAACGAAUCUAUGCAUGGCGCUCUUCGCCUGGUUUCUGUGGAACAAGGCUACGACCCCAGGGACUUUGCACUUGUAGCGCUCGGUGGAGCUGGGCCUCUUCAUGGCAAUGCUCUCGGUAAAUUACUUGGUUCUUGGCCUGUCAUUGUCCCCCCUUCUCCCGGAGUGCUAUGUGCUCAGGGUGAUGCUAUCACCAAAAUGUCUUACGAGCAGACUCGCACGUAUAUCCGAAACCUCUCGCAAACUUCCGAAACGGAACUCAAGGACACGCUGCUAGGACUCAAGGAUGAUGGUGUGACCAAGAUGAAGGCUUCGCUUGCAAACGAUGACGCUGAACUCCAUGUCAUAUAUCAAGCCGACAUGCGAUACAGAGGUCAGGAGAUGACGCUUACUGUCGGGGUGGACUCUGAUGAGCUUGGAAAUUCAUCUAGUCUGCUUGAGAAUCUGCGCGAUAAGUUUAAUAGAGCACAUCAGCAUCAGUUCGGCUUCUCCAAUGACCAUGCAGAAGUCGAGACCAUGCGCUUGCGUGCCAAAGUCAUUGAUGCUUCUGAAGAGGUGGCCUUGAAGCCCGUCGAGCGCGCCAAUACCUCGGAGCCAUCAGAAGAUGCUAUCAUAGCGAAGCAAAACAUUGUGUAUGACGGCAAGCAGGUAGAAGCAACUUUCUGGGACCGCACGCUACUUGGUGGUGCUGGAAAGAUUGUAUACGGUCCAGCUGUCAUCUCGGAGAUGGACUCUAAUACUCUGAUACUUCCCGGCUUCUUUGGCGAGAUUGAUUCCAUGGGCAAUAUCCUCAUAUGGCCUAUAGACAAGAAAGCGUCGGAAAAGGUGGCACAUACGAGGGAAUCCGCAGAGAAGCUUAUCCGGGAUUAUCCCAUCGUUGCAACUCUCAUUGCUUCUGCGCUUGGUUCCAUUCGAAGAGAAAUGGAUACCCUUAUGCUUCGCUGCGCGAUGAGUCCAGCUAUUCGUGAGCAACAAGACGAGUUCAAUGUUAUUACCAAUACCCGUGGCCAAAUGCUAGUUGGUCAAUUCGGGUCUUUCAUAACUGAAUUCUUGGCAGGCUGGGACGGGACUAUUGAGGAAGGCGAUGUAUUCAUCACCAACGAUGUUUAUCAGAUUGAUGGUGCUGUCUCACACCUUAACGACAUCGUCGCACUGCUGCCCAUAUACUACGAGCAUCGACUUAUAGGCUGGGCGGCCAACUUUGGCCAUUUGACCGAUGUUCAAGCCAAGGUACCAGGAUCCAUGAGUGUCAAUGCUAAUACAAUCUUCGAAGAUGGCCUGCAAAUUCCGAUCGUCAAGCUCUACGCAAAAGGCGUAUACAAUGAGAGUCUUGCAGCUGUCCUUUUCCGCAAUUCACGGGUGCCGGAAUGGUUCCAGAGUGAUCUCAUGGCCCUUGUGACUGCCUGCCGCACAGCCGCUACUCGGGUUGUCGAGCUCUGCGACCGUUACACACCAGAAGUAUACGAAGCAGCCACGGAGUCGCUACUUGAGCAAAACAGGAUCGCCAUUAAGACCGUUAUCGACGAGAAACUCGGCACCCAGGAAUCAAGCUUCACAGACUUUGUUGACGACGACGGACAAGGCAUAGGACCGUAUGCGAUUUCAUGUUCCAUGAAGAAAGAGAAUGGAAAGUUGGUAUUUGACUGGGACGGUACAUCGCCGCAAUCCAGUUCUGCGAUGAACUUUUAUCUUUCGGUUAACAUGUUCAAAAUGUUUGUUGGUUAUCACCUCCUGGCAAUACACGACCCCCACGCCAUUGUCAAUGAUGGCUUCCACGAUCUACUCGAUGUCAGAAUUCCAACUGGUACCAUUCUUCGCCCUGUCCGACCAGCUGCCGUCAGUUGUCGGACACAUGCCUUAGGUCGUGUAAUGGACAUUCUACAAGCGCUAUUUGGGCAACAAAACCCUGAACAUCGCAGCGCAGCUGGAUUUUCAGAUUCGCCACAUCUCUUCUACUCUGGCUUUAAUCCUGAAGGCGAAUUCUUUUUGAUGUACCAGAUCGGUUUCGGAGGUGUCCCUGCACGGCCCAUUGGUGACGGACCCGACUGCCACUGCCUAUUCCCCGCAAUCAAAUCAAUACCCACGGAGAAUAUUGAGCUUUACUUCCCCGUCAUCAUCGAAGCCAACGAAGCGUUACCGGACUCUGGAGGUGCAGGAUACUAUCGUGGCGGAAACGCACAAAGAACAAUAUACAGAUUCUUAUGUGAAGGAGAUGUCAGCAUUCACGAUGACAGAUGGCUCGUCAAGCCUUGGGGUGUCAAUGGUGGCAAGCCUGGAAGCAGGUCAAGGAAGGUGUUGUAUCGGAAUAAUAGUUUUGGCACAGCGGAAGAGAAAGACAACGUUGAGAUGUGUCAUUCCAAGCAAGAUUAUUUGCACGUCCAUCCAGGCGAUGUUUUGGAAUGGAUAACCUGGGGCGGCGGAGGCCUGGGUGACCCCCUCACACGACCUCAAGAGCAAGUAGCCAAGGAAGUCCACCGCCGACUAGUCACUGUGGAAGGUGCCAGAGCCAACUACGGUGUGAUUGUUGACCCAAAGACCUUUGCUGUCGACGAAGCUGCCACUACGCGCCUUCGUGAAUCAAUGCACAAUGAGCGUGCGAAGACGGGAUAUACCACGCAUGAUACGAUAGACCGUGGAGGCAAGAUGAGCGAUGUAUUGGCGAAAUGUGAAGCAGAGACUGGAAUAAAGCCGCCCAUGCCGCAAUGGGAGAAGAAGGCUUAUGGACCGCAUGCGGGGUUGGCGUACGUGAAGAAGUGGUAUGAAACAAUGUCGCGGGAGGGUAUGAAGAGAUGGAAUGAGCUGUGA